UCUCAGUUCACUGGAUCGGGGUGCGGUAUUUGUAAUAUUUUGUUAACAUUUUUUCGGAAAUAAGGUGCAAUCGGGUGAAUUUGUGGUGCAAGGUAAUUUAUUUUAAUGGCCAUUUAUCUGUUUAUAAAAUCUCCCUGUCUUAAAUUCCAACUGAAACGUAGAAAACGUGGAUAAGUUACUGUACACAUAUAUUUUUGUAUACAACAUGGAGGAUGGAGUAGAUAUCUUUUCUUUACGCUCUUUGUAGAAUGUGGAACAGUCCGGUGCAUUAUCUGAUGCAUUAGAGCUUCUUUAUUUUUAGAUUUGUUUAUUUACGAUAAAAUAAUUAGUUCAAUUGUACAUUUAGUUACAGUUUAAGUGUGACAGUUCUCACCAGGUCACCAUGAGUUACAUGCAGACUAACCAAAAUAGACCAAUGUCUCAAGGUUAUCAUCAGGGUGGCAACGAUCUGCCAAUGCAGUCGUCCAAAGAGCAGACCCUGCUAUGGCAGCAGAACUCCUAUUUAGGAGACUCUGGCAUCCAGUCGGGCGCUGCCACUCAAGUCCCAUCGCUAUCGGGCAAAGAAGAGGAAGAGAUGGACCUCUUCGAUCUCGACCAGCCCUACCAAGGGUUCACGCAAGAGCAAGUGGAUGAAAUGAAUAACCAGCUGAACCACACCAGAUCCCAAAGAGUGAGGGCUGCUAUGUUCCCUGAAACAUUGGAUGAAGGUAUCGAGAUUCCUUCUACGCAGUUCGAUCCGAACCAUCAAACGGCUGUUCAACGUUUGGCGGAGCCCAGCCAGAUGCUCAAACACGCCGUGGUUAAUUUAAUCAAUUACCAAGACGACGCCGAUUUGGCGACCAGGGCUAUACCAGAAUUGAUCAAGCUGCUCAACGACGAAGACCAAGUGGUGGUAUCGCAAGCCGCCAUGAUGGUGCACCAGCUCUCGAAGAAAGAAGCUUCUCGACACGCCAUCAUGAACAGCCCCCAAAUGGUGGCCGCUUUGGUUCGGGCCAUUUCCAAUUCCAACGAUUUGGAAACCACCAAAGGUGCUGUUGGUACUUUGCACAAAUUAUCGCACCACAGGCAGGGUUUGCUGGCCAUUUUCAAGAGCGGUGGGAUACCGGCGCUCGUGAAAUUACUGAGUUCGCCGGUCGAAAGCGUGUUGUUCUACGCCAUAACCACCCUUCACAACUUGUUGCUGCAUCAAGACGGUUCGAAAAUGGCGGUCAGAUUGGCCGGAGGAUUGCAGAAGAUGGUAGCGUUGCUCCAGAGAAACCACGUCAAGUUCUUGGCCAUUCUCACCGACUGUUUGCAAAUCUUGGCCUACGGCAACCAAGAGAGCAAGCUCAUCAUACUCGCCUCCCAAGGGCCCAUCGAACUGGUCAGAAUAAUGAGAUCCUACGACUACGAGAAGCUCUUGUGGACUACUUCGAGAGUAUUGAAAGUGUUGUCGGUGUGUUCCAGCAAUAAACCGGCUAUCGUCGAGGCUGGCGGUAUGCAAGCCCUCGCCAUGCAUUUGGGCAACCCCAGCACCCGGUUGGUUCAAAACUGCCUUUGGACCCUCAGAAAUCUAUCGGACGCGGCUACUAAAGUCGACGGGUUGGAGAGUUUGUUGCAAUCUUUGGUGCAAGUGCUCCAAUCGUCCGACGUAAACGUGGUGACUUGCGCCGCCGGCAUCCUGUCGAAUUUGACGUGCAACAAUCAACGCAACAAGGUGACGGUGUGCCAGGUGGGCGGCGUCGACGCGCUGGUGCGCACCAUCGUGAGCGCCGGCGAUCGCGAGGAGAUCACCGAGCCGGCGGUGUGCGCCCUACGCCACCUGACGUCCAGGCACGUGGAGUCCGAGAUGGCGCAGAACGCGGUGCGGCUGAACUACGGCAUACAAUCGAUAAACUUCUUUCAGGUGAUCGUCAAGCUGUUGAAUCCGCCGUCGCGUUGGCCGCUGGUGAAGGCGGUCAUCGGUCUGAUCAGGAACCUGGCGCUGUGUCCGGCCAAUCACGCUCCGUUGAGAGAGCACGGCGCCAUUCAUCAUUUGGUGCAGCUGCUGAUGAGGGCCUUCCAAGACACUCAAAGACAACGGGGUAGCGUGGCUAGCGGAGGCAGCCAACCGCCGGGAACGUACGCGGACGGGGUGCGCAUGGAGGAGAUUGUCGAGGGUACGGUGGGAGCGUUGCAUAUAUUGGCGAGAGAAUCGCACAAUCGGGCCAUCAUUAGACAGCAAAUGGUGAUUCCGAUCUUCGUGCAAUUGCUGUUCAACGAUAUCGAGAACAUACAACGCGUCGCCGCCGGCGUUCUUUGCGAAUUGGCGGCCGACAAAGAGGGGGCGGAAAUGAUUGAAAACGAGGGCGCCACGGCCCCAUUGACUGAGUUGUUGCAUUCGAGAAACGAAGGUGUUGCUACGUACGCAGCUGCUGUUUUGUUUAGAAUGAGCGAAGACAAACCACAAGAUUAUAAAAAACGGCUGUCGAUGGAGUUGACUAAUUCUUUGUUUAGAGAAGAAAAUCUUUGGAAUCCCGAUCUAGGCAUGGGUCCGGAUUUGCAGGAUAUUUUAAGUCCCGACCAAGCAUAUGACAACAUGUAUGCUCAGGGUCCCCCCAGUGUUCAUAGUAGUCAUGGCGGCCGACCAUAUCAACAACAAGGGUAUGACCAGAUACCCAUAGACAUGCAGGGUUUAGAGAUCGGUUCUCACGGAGGGGGGAAUGGGUCCACUUACAGUGCAAUAGACGCAAUGGACGUUACCAGCGGUGAACCUGAUCUCAAUUUCGAUACCAUUGAUCAACUCCCUACCCCUCCUCAAGAUAAUAACCAUGCUGCUGCUUGGUAUGAUACCGAUUUAUAAAACUUAAUCAUCAACUGAUCAAAUUUAUCGCCGUUUCCGUUGAAAACUUUAAUUUCAUUUGUUGGAGUUUGUGGUGGAAUCGGAGUAAAUUACUUAAACAUUUAAUUAAGUAACCAGUAUUUAUAGUAUAUAAUAUGUAUCACUAGUUGAUAGUUUUCAUUUUUUAAUUGUUUAGCGUUUAAUUAUUUAAUAUUCGUUCAGAUAUAUUAUUUUACAUCAAGAAAAUUAUUGUCUCCUACUCUUUUGUCUUUCGCACAAUAACUAUAAAUUUGUUUCUAUGUGGUUUUAAUUCUGAAAGUUUUUUCGUAUACAGGGUAGAAUGUUAAUUAAGAUUAAUUAAGAUGUAAGGCACUGCCUUCGAUGAAUAAUGCAUGUAUUUAUAUAGACAUAAUUAAAAUAUCUGAUUGUAUUCUGUAUUUUCUUUUUCGUAUUUAAUAUAUAAAUUUGAUGGACAAAAA